UUAAAGUCACGCGUGGAUGAGCGGACGAAACAUUCCCCAUCUGUGCUGGACGGUUUACGCUGAUCGUCGCUCUUUUUCCUCAGAAAUGCUCCUUUAAAAGUCUUUAUAUUUUCUUUUUCAAGGAAGACCGUGUCGAACAAUGGGGAUGACAGACUGCAAAAGAUCUUACUGUGUGGCCGGAACCUCUCUUUGUCUGGCGCUGCUGAUUCUGGGGAUUGAUGCGCAAAUACGGUAUUCCAUCAUGGAAGAGUUGCGGUCAGGGACGGCGGUUGGAAACAUAGCAAAGGACCUCGGACUGGAUUUGGGAAGAUUUGUGGAUAGAAAUCUUCGAGUCACGUCGGGAACAAAGCCGGACCUGUUUAAGGUAAAUCCCAAAGAUGGAAUUCUGUCCGUGAAUCAGAGAGUCGACAGAGAGGAGCUGUGCGGCAGCGCGGCGCCGUGCGUCGUUAAUUUAAAAGCAAUUGUUGAAAAUCCCCUCGAAAUGCAUCAAGUUAUGGUCGAGAUUAUCGAUGUGAACGACAUUUCUCCUAAAUUCAUGGACGUGAAUUACACAUUAGAGAUCCUGGAGUUGUCUCCAAUUGGCUCUCGGUUUCAGAUCGAAGGCGCGCACGACUUAGAUGUUGGAUUAAAUUCAAUACAAUCUUAUAAACUAAACCACAAUCCAUAUUUUCGCUUGGAAACUGAGGAUUUUGGUGAUGACGGAAAAGUCCCGUUCAUUGUUCAGCAACGGCCUUUAGACAGAGAGCACACUGCAACACAUCACUUAUUAUUAACGGCAAUUGACGGCGGUAAACCUCCAAAAUCUGGAACGUUAAAUAUCACUAUUAAUGUGUCUGAUGUAAACGACAGCCCUCCUGUCUGCGACAAGCAGAAAUACACGGUUACCGUGAAAGAAAAUGCACCGACAGGAACGUACCUAUUGUCCGUGAAGGCAUCAGACCCGGAUGAGGGGAUGAACGGCGAGAUCGAAUAUUCACUACGAAGUAAAUUUCGCGGGCUUUCAAGCGAGCCUUUCGAGUUAGACAAAACCACCGGCGCCUUGACUGUAAAAGGAGGCCUGGAUUAUGAAGAAAAGCAAACAUAUGAAAUAAAAAUUCAGGCAUCGGACAGAGGCGCAGUGUCACUCUCGACACACUGUAACGUGGUCAUCAGGGUGGAGGACGUGAAUGACAACCAACCGGAUAUUGACAUCACAUCGCUGUCAAGUCGGAUUCCCGAGGAUUCCCCACCUGGCACGGUGGUGGCGCUGGUGGGUGUGACAGACCGUGACUCUGGCGAGAACGGACGGGUGAUCUGCAGCGUGCCCCUAAACUUACCUUUUGAUUUGAAACCAUCACCUGACGGUCAGUCAUACUCUCUGGUAACAAAGGAAUAUUUAGAUAAAGAGAAAACAUUCAGUUAUGACAUUGCGAUCACAGCCAAAGAUAUUGGCAGCCCACCACUGUCAUCUACAACUGUUAUAAGAGUAGAUGUGCUAGAUGUGAAUGAUAAUGCUCCACUUUUCACUGAAAGUCCGUACACUAUUUAUCUGGUUGAAAACAACAAACCAGGUGCCUCUGUUUUUUCAGUCACAGCGAUCGAUAGCGAUGAAGGUCAAAAUGCCGCCGUUACAUACUCAGUUGACCGUAAAACUUCAGGUAAUAACCCAGCUUCUUUUUUAAUUGUAAACGAGGCAAAUGGAACAAUAACAGCGCUAAAAAGUUUUGACUAUGAGACAUUAAAGAGUUUCCAGUUCCACGUUGUGGCCACAGAUUCUGGAAGUCCAUCACUGAGCAGCAACGUGACAGUGAACGUGUUCAUCCUGGAUCAGAACGACAACCCUCCAGUCAUCCUGUAUCCAGUCAACUCCAACGGUUCUGCUGAAGGUGUGGAGGAGAUUCCCCGCAAUGUGAACGCAGGACACUUGGUGACUAAAGUCAGAGCUUAUGACGCUGAUGUAGGUUACAACGGCUGGUUGCUGUUUUCACUGCAGCAAGUUUCUGACCACAGCCUCUUUGGUUUGGACCGCUAUACGGGACAGAUCAGAACUCUCCGCUCGUUCACAGAGACAGACGAGGCGGAACAUAAACUGGUCAUACUGGUCAAAGACAAUGGGAACGUGUCUCUCUCAGCAACAGCUACUGUGCUGGUCAAAGUUGUGGAGCCCAAAGAGGCUUUUGCUGCUUCUGAUGUGAAAAGCUCAGCAAAAGUGGAUGAAGACACAGAUGUGACGUUUUACCUGAUGAUCACUUUGGGCUCAGUUUCAGUCCUUUUCAUCAUCAGCAUCAUCGUGUUGAUCGCAAUGCAGUGCUCCAAGUCCACAGACUACACUUCUAAAUAUCUGCAAGAGACCAACUAUGAUGGAACUCUGUGCCACAGCAUCCAGUACAGAUCUGGAGACAAGCGCUACAUGCUAGUUGGACCCAGAAUGAGUAUUGGAUCUACUAUAGUUCCUGGCAGCCAUGCCAACACUCUGGUGCUGCCUGACAGGAGGAGGACCUCUGAAGAGGUAAGAUAA